AUGGACCAUAGCGAUGGGCUAUCUGCGGGCCUGCUGAACGAGGGGCAACAGCAGGGUAACGCGCAGUCUCAGAAAUCCGGCAAGUCCACUGGCACUCCCGUCCUUGUGACAGAGAAAGUGCCGGAUAGCGUACUUCAUCAGUUAAUUUUGGACCUUGCAAUCCAUGAGAAACGAGAAUAUGCGCUCGCCGAGUUGUCCAAGCAACGGGAACACCAUCCUGAUUUGCCUCUAUUGUUAUGGUAUUCGUUUGGGACAGUUGCGACGCUCCUCUACGAGAUAGUCUCAGUAUACCACUACUUGCAUCCCAUGAGCCUUUCUAUGGCCGAUUCUACCAAGGCAUCAAACUCACUGACACUGCUGCAAUGUAUCGCAUCUCACCCACAAACACGCCGGGUAUUCCUUGCAGCCCACAUACCACUAUUUCUAUAUCCCUUUCUAAACUCGUCAUGCAAGAGCCGUCGUUUGGAGUACUUGAAACUGACCUGUUUAGGUGUAAUAGGUGCUCUAGUUAAGAGUGAUGAUGAGGAAGUGAUUUGUUUUUUAUUGAACACGGAGAUCAUUGCUCUGUGUCUCCGUAUUAUGGAAACUGGUUCGGACAUCUCAAAAACUGUAUCUAUCUUUAUCGUGCAGAAGAUAAUGUUGGACGAUAGAGGAUUGGCUUAUGUAUGCGCAACUCCAGAGCGAUUCUAUGCUGUUGCUGCUGUGUUGAAUAGCAUGGUGAUGAGUCUUCUUGAGACACCAUCCCGUCGUAUUCUAAAGCACGUUGUGCGUUGUUAUUUGCGGUUAUCGGAAAAUCCCCGCGCUCGAGACAUGUUAAGAAAAUGCCUCCCUAAACCACUUCGAAAAAUUGACCCCGUGUUUUACCCCUGUCUGAAGGAGGAACCUAUGUUGAAGAAGUGGUUGCUACAACUUAUAUGUGACACUGAGCCGCUGCCCGAACUUUCUGCGACCACUCAGUGA